AUGCACGAAUACAUCGGGUACAGGCUACUACGUUUGAUUGCGAUUGUUCUAGAGCUUCCCGAGGACUACUUCGUGUCUAAACAUCGCUAUGAUCAGAAAAGCGGCUGCAACCUCAGGUACCUGAAAAAUAAUGCAAGAACGGUGGAGGAGAUCAAAAAGCUUGGAAACACCCCUCCCGUGCGUGGCCACACAGACUUUGGGAGCCUAACCAUGUUAUUUCGGCAGCCAGUGGCGGGGCUACAGGUGAAAACCCCCGAAGGAAAAUGGAAAUAUGUCAAGGCACAUCCAGCAAGCAUCACCGUCAAUAUCGCCGACAUGAUGGACUUCGUCUCUAACGGCUACCUUAAGAGCAGCAGCAGCGUACACCGCGUGGUAUCUCCCCCUCCUGACCAGGUUGCACUGGACAGGAUAGGAGUUAUCUAUUUCCUACGAUUUGAAGACGACGUCGAGUUGAAGCCGGUGGACAGUGUCCUCUUGAAGAACUGGAGCUCAAGUUCAAGACUGGGAGAAGCAAAUGGGGUCACGGCUGGGGAGUGGGUGAAAGCCAGAACAAGGGACAACGCAAAAAUGGCUGCGAUUUACCUCAAUGAAGAACCCGAGGUGGUCAAGAGUAUCAAGAUCCAUAACUUUGCCUGA